GUAAGGUGCUAGAAAUUGGUAAAGGCUAAAGCAGUGAUGUAAAGUUAAUAAGGAAGAUAUAUUUCAAAUGAAAAUUAAGUUUCUAAGAUAGUAAUUAUAUUUAAUUUUGUUAACAAAAUGACUCUUAUAGAAGGAAUAGGAGAUGAAGUUGUACUUUUCUUAGCUAUAGCAUUAAUUGUGGGAAUAUUAGCAGUAUUGUGGAUAUUUCCAUUUCCACAAACACAAUUUGUGUCAAACUCCAGUAGCUUUUCAGCAGCUAAUGAGAUAUCGUCAAAUCAUAGAGUUGAUGCUGUUCAUCUUAAUAAUACAACUGCAAGUAAUUCCUCAAAUUCAGAACAAAUCAGUUCUGAAAUAUUUUGUGAUGACAGUAAUAUUCCAAGUAAUACAACCACUAACUCUGCAUUAGUAGACAAUGCAGAAAGAACCAUAGAAAAUUCUGAUGCAAAUUGUCAUCAAAAUACAGUUGCAACUACUUCUGAUGCUAGAAUUUCUUCGGAGUUGUCUGAAGAUCCUAAUUUUCUUCGCAAGAGGAGAUUAGAAUUUUUUAAUCAACAGUCUUCUUUAAGUGAUAAUGAAUUGAUGACUGAAUUAGAUAACAUUAACAAUGAAAGCGGACGAGUAGCAUCUUCACAAGAACAAGAAACAGAUGUUCAUAUUCAGAAUGAAAGCAAUGACAUUCUUGAUAAUGAAAUGGUUAGAUUAAGAUUGAAAUAUUUAAAUGAUACUGAACGAGUAGUUCAGUGUAAACUAGAUGAUAAAAUUGGAGAUUUUAAAAGAUGCCAUUUUGCAGAAGAUAUAGCAAAUAACAAAAUAGUUCGACUUAUAUACAAUGGCCAGCUAUUGCGAAUGGAUGACAGGACUUUAGAAUCUUAUGGUGUUACUAAUAGUUCAGUAAUGCAUGUCCAAAUUUCACAAAAUCAGCAAGCACAAGGUUCCAGUUAUUCUGAUAGUGACAGUGAUCUAGAUUUAAGCCACUUAAUGUGGCCACUGUUUGGUAUUAUCCUCGGUAUAAUUUGGAUGCUACAUUUUCAAUAUAGGGAAUUCUUCAAUAUUGUGUCUACAGUUGCUCUGGUAGGCAUAACUGGACUUUUUUUAAUGGUUUUAUGGAGUCAAUCAAAUCUUCAUAAUCCUAUAAGAAGACAAGAAAACCAACAGACGAACAGUUAGUGGUAUUUUUAAUUUUGGCAUUGUAAAUUAAUAUCUGUGAUUUAGUUAGAAAAUGCUGUCAAAAUUAUUCUGUUAGUUGAAAAUAGUUUUUAAGUGUUGUAUCUGAGACAAUGGAUUAAUAUAAUCUGUUGACAAUAUUGGCCGACAGUCAACAGAAGAGAAGCAUGUUCAAUGUUUGAACAUAACCAUUAAACAAGUAAUUUCUUUGUGAAACUUUAUAAUUUUGUUUAUGAGAAAUCUUGAAAUUUCUUAAAUCAAGUUCCUCCAAAAAUUCUUAUUAACUUAGAGUUUAUAGUUUCUUUUUUAUUUUUUUUUCAAUUGGAGUCCAUGUUUUAUAAGAGCACAGAUUCCUAGCAUUAUUGGAAAUGCUUUUAUAAAAUUUAGUUCAUAAUAAAUAAUCAUUUUUAAACUCUAACAUUUACAUUUUAACACAGUUAAAACUUUCAUAAUAAUAAUAAUAAUGUAAACACUUAACUUUUUUAUCAAUAAAAAUAAAAUUCAAUAAAUCUUUCAACAUAUAUGAGGUUAGUUAUCUACAUUUAGGAAUCUGUGC